AGUCGCGUCGCCGACCUUCCCAAGAGUCCCAAGCAGCUUUCCUGGCAGCUGCUCAACACCAUGCCCCUUGUUCUUUCGCUCUCCGCACGUACCCUCUCAAAACCAUAGCAAGAUGCAAGACAAAAUGGACUUUGUCGGGCAGGGACUCGCUGCGAAUUUCCUCCACUCGCUACUUAUCGUCUCGGGCGUUCUCGCCGUUGUGGCCGGCUUUGUUCUGCAGGACCUGUUUGUGACGGCUGCCAUCUUGGUUGCCGGUACACUUAUCACAGCGUUGGUCACCGUCCCAUCUUGGCCAAUGUACUGCCGCCAUCCCGUCACGUUUCUUCCCAAAGUCACACUCCACGAACCAGCAGAAAGCGAAAUUGAGGAGGUGGCUGAGAAAACGAUAUGGAGUAGGAUUCUGGGGCUGUUGGUGUAAGAGCUCGGGGCGUGUCCUGAGGACCACCACGCGUGGAAGGCUGAUCCUGAAAAUGGAGGAGAGGAGGAACGAGUGAUUCGAUGCGUGCCCGCUUGGCGAAUCAGAAGGAGGUGGAAUUGAGGAGAUCGUGUCCGAAUGACAGCUACGCAGUGCAUCAGGGAAUCAGUCACUCGCAUUAGGUCCUUCACCGCGUGAGCGGCAAAGUGCCAGAAAGUAGUCACGAGCGAGCCAGGCCGGCGACAGCGACAGCGACAAGCGCUCCGGGCAGCAGAUGUGUGCAUGAACUAUCUUGUCUGCUCCACCGUGUCGACAAACAGAACAAGUGAUCGCACAUGGGGAUUGUACAUAACAACU